AUGUUGGUACCAAGAUCGCAUCUCUUCGCUACUGCUCCCCGCAGUCCUACCACAUCGCCCUCCAGAGCGAGGAAACAAAGACAAGAAGAACGAAAGCCCAGGUUGGAGAAGAAAGUCACAGAUGCGUCACUGCAAGAAGAUUCUAGACGACAAGCACCACAGCCGAUGCCUGAAUCACCACCCUCGCAACCUGUCGUCAUUCCAUCUCGAACCCAUAAUGAGCAACGCGACGUUGGUCGACCUGCUCUAAGGGUCCUUUCGGAUGGUUCCAAUGGCAGGUCUUCGUCAAAAGGACGAAGAGCUAGGGAUCUUCACAAACCUAGUGCCAUUCCUCCAUCUGUCGCUGCCUUGCUGGCUGUUACCACGAUACCCAAGCCGGGCUCGGUCGGAAGCAUUCGUCGCAGGAGUGAACAGAAUGCUACACACAAGUCCCUUAUGGAGCUACUAGAGAAGUCUCCAUUGGAGCUCGAACUUGAGGAUGCGGCAAUGAAUGCCAAGGAGGUUCUUCUCAGCUCCCCAGAAGAGUCCGAGGAUGGAUACUCUGGCCUGGAUAGUCUCAUGGAUCGAACCCUGAACGCCAGGGCUCAUUCGACGGAUUCGGUCCCGUCAUUGGGAUCAGACGAUGAAUCCGCUGGGUCAUUCAUGACCCCUCCCACUCCUGGCACCAGCCUGAAUGGCGGAAGAAGAUCAGGCGCCGAGAAGAAACUAAAAAAUAUGUCUUCGCCGCCUUCUGAGGACGCUGCGUCCAAUCAUCCUCUACUAUCGACCGAUUUUGAUCCCGUUCCGCCCUACGAGAAUGCGGCGAGUGACGCCGAACUACUUACCCCAAUGCCUACGACACCGCCGUUGGCUUCCAAGUCCAAGUCGGCGCUGAAAUCGAACCUGACCGCUUCGCUGCGUGCCCUCAAGUCGGCAGCUCGCUCGCUUUCCGUCUUUGCCUCGCCCAUUAUUCAGCCGGACGACUUUUUGACACGAUCAAUUCUUUCGAGCGCUCCUCCGUAUGCUGAUGAAAGACGCCCACUACAUGUGGGCGAUACUCCAGCGCCCGCUCUACGUCGUUAUCUGAACCCAUCUACGCCCGCUCGUGUCGACAUGGCAGUCCAGCAGUUACCUGCUGGCAAAGACCCCUGCACAGUCAUGAUUCAGAUGCAGACCUACCACCGAUCUCGCAAAUCGGCUAAGAAGGGUCUUUCUACCGAUCGCCACGCCGGCCACUCAACCACGGACGAGAGCCCCUUUGUGCAGAGCGCCGAGGUCGCCAGUCUGGUCGCGCGACAGCGGGAACCACGCGAAAACGGCGACUUUCUUCGGAUAAUUGUUCUCGAAAUGAACAUGCGUCGGGAGGGGAAAUUGAGCGACGAAGUACCAGGCAAAGCUCGCAUCUGGCUCCCGCCGCGCCGGCCGACAAAGGCCCAAACCGUUGAUGACGGUGGAGUCCCGACACGGUGGAUUGGCCUCAGUCUAGCGGAUUAA